AUGGUGCUUAGAGAAAGCAAAUUGGAGAAAAUUCAAAGACUUGAGGAGUUGGAAGGGGAUGCAAAAGAUCUCCCAAGUGUAGAUGAUGCCAUUGAUCUACUCAAUGGAACAUUGCAUACUGCAGGUAUUUUAAAGUUAAAGUUGGCAGUACUUUAUCAGAGGAAAAGGUGUCAAGAAGAAGGUGUUCCCCAGGGCAGUGUUCUCAGUGUAACACUUUUUGCUCUAGCCAUAAACAGUGUUGCAGCUGUCAUUCCAAGAGAGGUUUUAAAGACACGUUUGUGGAUGAUGAUUUGUCAAUAUCCUUUGCUGCCACCGGAUGACUGUAGCAGAAGAAAGCUACAAUUAACAAUAAAUAAAAUACUGACAUACAAGCCAGUUGUCCGGCCAAAUGAAGCAGCUCAGUAUCGUAGUGUGCCCAGACAGUUGCCAUCAAGCGAUGAAGAUUACUCUUCAGAUUCAGACUCAGAUAUAAGUGCUAUCAAGAAGAGGAGGCAUAAUGUUAGUAAAAUGGAUACCAGUGGAACUGGAAGUGAACCACAGAAAGGAUGGCCUCCAGAUAGCCAGGCGGCAAUGAGAGCUUUUUUGAAGCCCCGACGCCGGAACAAUGUAUGGUCAACUGUUAUGGAAGAGCAGGUGCUUGCUCAAGAAAUUGGAGGCUUUGGGUUGAAGCGCAGGUUAGACCAAGGUGAUCGCAGUGUUGAAUCUUACGAUUACACACAAGCUCAUAAAUUCCGAGAAUCUGUGCAUGAAUCAGAUGAUGACGAGGGCCCAGAAGAAAAUGAAGACACGAAAAAGAAAAGACUAAACAGAAAACGACAUGUGCGUGACCGACUUGGUCAUAAUAAGUAUGUUAUAGAUAGUCCAAGAAGGGAUUUAGUUGAUUUAUCCAUCACAGAUGAAAUGACCAAUGAAGAAAUGGGCUUGGCCAUGGCCGAAGCUUUGUUUGAAACAAAGCCAGAUAUUAUUGUUCGCACCGUUGAGAUUCUUGGUCGCGAAAAAUCAUUAGAGCUUUACAAGACCACACAGGAAGUUGAAAGGAAUGGAGGCCUCAUGGUGGUGGAUGGGUCAAGAAGAAGAACUUCGGGUGGAGUCUUCUUACAACUUCUGCGAAAGCUUCCUGGAAUUGAGAAAGCUGAUUUGAAUAAGAUAUUCCCUCAGGAAGACCAAUGGAGAAAACGAAAAAGAGCACAUAGAAGAAGGGAGAGACAUGAAUCAAAACCCCAAGGUGAAGAUGGAGCAGAGGAAGGCCUUCACCUGGGGGGACUAUUCUCUGAUGAUCCUGGUGGGGCAAAGUGUCCAGGUUCUACCCCUGUAACCUCUCCACAACCAUCUGACAAUGAAGAUGACUUGCCUUCAUCCACUAUUAACCAGUUGCCAUCUGUGAUGCCUGACCAGUUGCCUACUCCCCCACCUUCAGUGGCUGAUCCAAGAGUAUUUAAGCCAGAUAUGUCAGAAGACUUCAACGGAGACGCUGUCACAAUAGACCAAGCGGUAGACUCUCGUUCUGUCAAAGCGCAAGCUUGUGUUUAUGAUGACAUCCUUUUGGAUAAUCAUGCUGCAGAUGCAAUGGAACUUUUCUGAUGUUAUCAAUUAACUGGUAGAAGUAAUUUCAAUGUUCAUAGUCAUACAUUUUGGGGUGUGAGAAUAUAUAAUUAUUGGAAAGUUAUAGCUUCUCUUUCACGACUUAUUGGUAGCUCUUGUCUUUUAGGCAAAGACGUUAUUUAUAUUUUUUCAACAGGUAAAUAUAUUUUCAUUUUUUCUAGUUGCAUUUGUUAUUAUUUAAAGAAAUGUUGUAAUGACCCUAACUGUGUGGUUGGGAUGUAUACCAUCUACUUUGCUUUAUAUCUUACUGUAUCAUGACUAUAGUUUUAGCUUCUCUGUUGAUAUAUGUUGCAAGUGCCUCUCCAAAUAAAGUAUACUAAGAUUCCAAGAAAACAAUUUAAGGUUUACCCCUUGAUAGGCAUUUUCCCGGAGUAGUCACAAAAACUAAUUUUUCUAUUUUUGAGAGGUCAUCUUCAAGCUAUAAGGAAUUUUUCAAACUUCAUAAAAACUGAUAGUUAGCAUUUACAGCCCAACGAGUGGGUGUGAUUUAUGUGAGAUGUACAGUGCUAUCAGGUUUACUCUUUUAUACUUUAUAUUCAUCAUUGUAUAGGUCACUCAUCAAUAUUGAAAAUGGAUUUCGUAGCAGUUUUAACUCAUCACAAUUACUUUUUGUCCUUGUAGAUCAAUGAAGUGUAUAUUUUGUUUUUAUGACCCUGUUUUUGUAAUUUAAUUGCAAAUCUUUUUUAAAGAAAGAGAAUGUUAAAUAAAGUAAUUUCAUUCA